AUGGGGCUAAUUACAUCCUGUUGUAAACCCUCAGCAUCAGAUGUAUUGACUCCAGAUACAGAAACACGACGUCGACAACAAGUAGAAGCAGCUGAACGUCGUCGUGUUCAAGAAGAGGCCAGGGGUGUAAAAGAUCCGAGUAGAGUUAAACGAAUGCAACAACGAUCUGAAGAGAUGGAGCAAAGGGAACAAGAGUUACAGAAGCAGGGUGGAGCUACUUUAAAGUGGUCAGCUGACUGA